GUCGAGCUCGCUGCUGCAGCUGCUGCAACAACAACACUAGCGCACCAUGUCCGUCCUCGCCGCCCGCCGCGCAUGGCGCCUCCCCGCCCUCGCCGCCCGCCAGGUGCGCCUCGCGUCGUCGUCGUCCUCGUCGUCGGCACCAGCCUUCAGCCCCUCGGACAAGGCGCCGCGCGACGCCGCACCCGCGCAGUCGCCCAACGUUGCCGGCACGUGGAGCCGCGACCAGAACCCCAAGGCGGCUGCGUUUGACAACUCGCGCUUCGAGCAGGUCGACUUUGCCGUCCAGCCCGACUCGCUGAGCGCCAUGGGCCUGGUCAGCGAGCAGCCGAUCACGUUUGUCCACCAGCGUGUUAUCGCUUGCGACGGUGGCGGCGGACCCCUCGGCCACCCCAAGAUCUUCAUCAACCUCGACAAGGAGGGACCCCGCGCCUGCGGCUACUGCGGUGCGCGGUAUGAGCAGGAGCACCACCACUAAAUAUGGGUUAGAGAAUGCAGCAUGUCGGACUAGCA